UUCAACUAGUCCCCAUGUUCCUCGAAUGGAUCUCUUAGUUGUUGAGAAGGUUGCCCAAAAGCGGUAUAUAAGGCAUACCCGGUAAAACUGACAAGUAAACCAGAUAUAAAGAUGGCGACUAGGGUUGCUGUUUCCACUAUGAUUCUAUCAUUUCAAGAUCCGUUAGGAUUUCUCAUAAGAUUGUUUAUUUACAACGGAAUGGUAUACAAAGUCAACAGAUCUCAAUGAAUACAAUAGAAUUUAUGGCUACACAAACUGUUGAGAACAGUUCUAGAUCGGGCCCAAGACGAACUACUGUAGGGAGUUUAUUAAAACCAUUGAAUUCGGAAUAUGGUAAAGUAGCUCCAGGUUGGGGAACGACCCCUUUGAUGGGAGUCGCAAUGGCUCUAUUUGCGGUAUUUCUAUCUAUUAUUUUGGAGAUUUAUAAUUCGUCUGUUUUAUUGGAUGGAAUUUCAAUGAAUUAAAUCUCUAAGAACCACAAAGUUUUCAUUUUGGAACCAAAAAAAAAUCAGUUAGAACUUGGAUUUAUGGCCUAUUCUAUUUUGGUAGUUCGAUCGUGGAAUUUCUUUCUUUCUGUAUUUCCGGAAUAUGAGUAAAGUCUAUGAUUGGUUCGAAGAACGCCUCGAGAUUCAGUCAAUUGCGGAUGAUAUAACUAGUAAAUAUGUUCCUCCCCAUGUCAAUAUAUUUUAUUGUUUAGGGGGAAUUACGCUUACUUGUUUUUUAGUACAAGUAGACGGGUUUGCUAUGACUUUUUACUAUCGUCCGACUGUUACUGAAGCUUUUGCCUCUGUUCAAUACAUAAUGACGGAAGCUAACUUUGGUUGGUUAAUCCGAUCAGUUCAUCGAUGGUCGGCAAGUAUGAUGGUCCUGAUGAUGAUUCUACAUGUUUUUCGUGUAUAUCUCACCGGUGGAUUUAAAAAACCCCGCGAAUUAACUUGGGUUACGGGUGUGGUUCUGGCAGUAUUGACCGCAUCUUUUGGCGUAACUGGUUAUUCCUUGCCUCGGGACCAAAUUGGUUAUUGGGCAGUGAAAAUUGUAACAGGUGUACCUGAGGCUAUUCCUGGAAUAGGAUCACCUUUGGUAGAAUUAUUGCGCGGAAGUGCUAGUGUGGGACAAUCCACCUUGACUCGUUUUUAUAGUUUACACACUUUUGUAUUGCCGCUUCUUACUGCUGUAUUUAUGUUAAUGCACUUUCUAAUGAUACGUAAGCAAGGUAUUUCUGGUCCUUUAUAGAGAAGAUAUCUAAUAGAUAUUUGGAAUCAAUCAUUUAUCACUUAGAGGAGAAAUAAUAGGAUUUUAUUGCUACAAGUAUGGAUUAUUGAAAAGAAUAAGACAUGGAUUUGGAUGUUUCCCUUCAACGAAUCAAAAUACUAUUGCGCAGUUGAAGAGAAUUCUCCGAAGAGAAAAUGGAUUAUGGGAGU